AGCCGUGUAAAUUCCACUCUCUCGCCCCAAGUGGGGAACAGACUCUGCAAUGCUCCGGAUCACCAGAGAAACUAAGACUAAAACUCCCGCUCCGCUCCACUGUGCCAACGCUGGGCGCAUCUUGCAUACAAAGCCCGAGCUCUCGGCGCCAACAUCCGGUCGCGCCGUUGAUGCGCCUAGAGGGCUCUCGGCACCCACGAUUGCAUCAGCCCAGCAUCUAACUCCAACCUGCCGUUAGCGCGCUCCUCGCGGUCCAGUAUUCUGUGUGUAAUGGCGUGAUACUUUUCCGUCGAUGGCCGGCGCAGCGCCAAGAAGGGUGAAGAAAGCUGGGGAAGUGCGGGGACGCGUCUCUUGAGGCUGAUGGCUUGGGGAAUGUCAUGUGGACUUGUUUUGCGGCAAG